AUGACACUUGACAAUAACUCAAUUACCAUAGAUUUUCAAUCAUGGUUUAUUCCUAUUGAUAUUUUAAAUAUGAUAUCAUGUGUAAUUGCUGUUUUACUUGGUAUUGUCCUAUUAUCAGUUAUUAUAUUUGACAAACUAUAUCAAACAGUUUCAAUGAUAUUUGUUACAAAUUCAUGUUUAGCUGAAUUUCUAUUUGGAUGUGAUAUUUUAGCAAUAUCUCUAUUCACAUUUUACAAAGAUCUGAAACAAAAUUAUUCGUAUGAUACAUUUUGUAUUUUAAUGGGCGGUAUAAGUUAUUUAUCAGUUGGAAUACAAAAUUAUUCUUAUUUAUUACAAGCAAUCUAUAGAUAUGCAUUAAUUGUUUAUCCAUCUAAGUUAUUCUAUCAAUCAGUUAAAUUUCAAGCUUUUCUCAUUAGCUUAACAUGGAUUUGUUAUAUUAUCUAUGCUAUUGCGUUAAUAUGGACUGGUCAAGUAAUGUAUAGUGUUGAAGAUCAAAUAUGUCAAAUGCCUCUUCGACUUUCGUUUCUAAUGAUAUCCAAUGUAUUUCAUAUUUAUUUUGUUCCCAUCUUAAGUAUAAUAAUAAUCUAUUUAAAAAUGGUUCGAUAUGUACAGGAAAUGAGUAAACAUGUGAUUCCGGCUAAUACAUUAUUUCACGCUCAACGAGAAUUAACAAUGAUUCGGCGUAUACUUUCACUUGUAUUUAUUUUAGUAGCACUUGGUUUUCCUUAUUCAACCUUUAUUAUUAUGUCGUUUUUCAAUAGUGCACCAAAAUAUCAUUUUCGCAUUGCUGCUUCAUUUGACUAUGCAUCAGUAGCAUGUAUAUUGAUUGCUGUUUUGCAACUUACAGAACCAUUGAAAACUUCUUUAAUAAAAAGAAUACAUGGCGGCCGGAGAAACAUUAUAUCACCAGCGACAUAAAUGAGUAAGAUCAAGCACGAACUUCUAAUAAUAUUUAAAAAAAGUGUUUUCAUGUUGUGUUAUUGUUGUUUAAACUGAAGUGAAAGUGAAAAAUAUGAAGUUACAUAAUAAUUUUAACUAUGAUUCGUUUAUUUUAAAGUAGUGAAUCCGAUUUAAAGAGUAAAGACGAAUGAUCGAUUAACUUAGAAAUGAAGUUGUACCUUUCGGAUGGAUAUUACCAUAAUAAAAAAAAGUGUAAUUAAAUUUUAGAUAAAUCCAUACUUCGAUUUCUAUCUUUGAAAAUAAUUAAGAAAAUAAACAUGUCUACAGUUUACCUGAGAAUCAUUCAUAACUUGUAAAAGAAUUACUCAAUUUUAACAAAUAGAUGACCAUUUCCAACUAAAGAUUUCAUUGCAAUGUUUUUGUUUUCAACCCAAGACUGAAUAUGGUCAAUAUGAGAAAAAAAUCUUCUACUCAUCAUUCAAUACAUAUGAAAUGUUAGGGUGCGCGUGCGAGUGUGGGUGUAUGUGGGUGUGGAUGUGGGUGUGGGUGUGGGUG